GCAGCGGGUGAAAAUGGCGGCACCGGUUCAGAGUGGUGGUGCCAGUGGUGGUGAUGGGAUGUUGUUGGGGUAUCGGGAGGUGGAUCGGAUGCUGGUGGACAUCUUUGCAGCUGCGGGGACAGAUGAGUUGACUGUGCCAGUGUUCAAAGAUGCGCUUCAGCAGCGACCUCAGUUGCAAGCCUUUGUUCUGGCGGCAGCCAACGACGACUUUCAGUUUUUGAUGGAGCGCGUGACGAACGAAGGCCGUGUGCAAUUGGGCCCCUUGUUGCGAUACCUUGAACCCAAUGCCUGGAAGGCACGCAUGCGCACACCCACCGGCACGGACAAUCUUGAGGUGGCAGCCAACCUGAGUGCUCAGCAUGGGAUGAAUGUGCGCGUGGAGCCUACCCCAAAGCUUUACACUUAUGCGGCCGGCGAGCACCAUCUGGUAUCCAAGCAUUUGGGUUGCAUGAUUGCCAUCAACAUGUUUCGGGCUUGCGAGGCAUCUUGCGAGGUGGUUCACUCGAGCAACCAGGGCAUGAGCCCGCAAGAAGCGCUACCGCUUUUGCAGCGUCAUGAUGACACGCUUGUUGUUGAGCUCCCGGUCAUCUGCGAUUACGCUCGUCAACGGGGCCGUGAUAUUGAUGCAGACUUGAGUUCGGCCGAUGUGGCACUCGUGGCCAACGUCUCGCAAGCGGUCUUUGGUACCUUGCUUCCCAUUCUGAUGCACGACCUGUGGACUGGCGAAGCAAACGAGGCUGCAGCAGGCUUGCAGCUGUACUUGAACGACACCUAUGCCUUCCCUCUGAACCACUUUCUAUGCUGGCGCUACCGUGACCGAGCGCAUCGUCAGUGCCAGCGUCUGCUGCUCACUGAAGAAGUUACCGUUAGCAAGCUGGAUCGGCUCUUCAAGCAACAAGUGUCAUCCAUUGCCGCCCUCCUUGAGGCUCGCACGGGACCUUACUUUUGCGGCGACUCGGUAUGUUCGGCUGACAUUAUCGUCGGGAGUCUGUACGAGUACUGCCUCAAGCUGCCGCACCGGAGCGGGCUACGCCAAGCGGUGAUCAGCGAUGGCUGUCUGAAGGUUGACUCGGACGUGGUGUUUGAAACUGGCGGUUGCCUGCGCGAGGACAUGCGUUUCGUGCGUCUGAUUCGACCAGCAGCCAUGUCGGCCGAGGAGAAAGGCCAAGUGGCUGAUCUGCUCGAAGCGCGCAUCCCUUUAUUCCGGCAUCCUUCCCAUGCACAGCCCGUUCGUGCGGCUGAAUAUUCUCAGCAUUACGAGUGCAAAGUUUGUGGCUUCAAUCAAAUCAACGAGAAGGAACGGCGCCGUUGGUAUGCCGAUGCCCUUCAUCAGCAACCUGGUGUGCCAAAGGCAAUCUGCGAGCUUUGCAUGCGUGGCGUCUAUGAUGUAGUCCAGGCCGCACGGCCCGUGCUGGAGGCGGGUGAAUGGGUUCCUUUUCAUGGCUUUCGGGAUCAAGUGGGCUACAUUGAAAGAAUCGAUGCAGCCAUGCGCAGUGGGGCCUUGCCAUGGCGUGGUGAUACCAAGCGUGUCAUCUGCUUGAGCAUGCAUGGCAUCAAAGUGGAAGCAGAGCCCAAUCUCAUCUCGCGCAUGGGCUCCAUUGCCUCAGCGGUGAAGCACAAUAAUCAGUCAGGGUUCACUAUGGACUUUCGGUCUGUGUUCUCCAUGAACUUUUUGGACGAUGAUCCCAACUUUAUUGUGACCGUGCUGGAGGGCGAUGCGCAGCGUGGCGGUUAUUGUCAUGUCUUCUCGGCUGCCAACGCCGAGGUCUCAAGUCUAUUGGUGGACUUGUUCUUCCACGUGGUGGAUGAGCUGUACUCUUCCACUGUCAUGAUGGCUUUGGACGACUGCAUUGCUGCUGGAGCCGAGGGUCGUCUAACUAUGGAGCAGGCAGUCCUUAACCAAUUGUCGCCCGAUGACGACCUUACGCUGGGGCAGCGCGUAUUUGUCAAGGCCAAGGGGCCAGCUUCUGCCCAGCGCAUGGGCCACCGGCCUCCAAACUUUUCGCGCAGUGAAUCCGAAUCAGAAGACUCGGACACAGGCGAACAGGAAGUGGCUGCGGGCAGACAGGCCGGUCGCCAUUCCCGCACGGAUCGAGCAUCGGAAAGCGAGGACAGCGAUGAAGAUACUAGCAGGGGGCCUAUCGACGAAGAAAGUGACGACGAUGAGCAACUCGCUGAGCUCGAUAGCCUGGGUCUAGCCGAGGGGCAGGAGGACGAGGAGAUGAUGAGCGCCGUGGAAGUUGGUAAAAUGCGACGAAUCAAAUCACGCAUGCGCCCCGGUGCGGGUGGUGCCAAAACACCCCGCCGCUCCGAUAAGCGAAGCAAAGACGAUGAUGGCAACGAAGAAGCAGCACCCCUACCUCCCGACGGACCACAAAGCAUUUUUGAUCUCUUUGGUCUCAAUGAGCCUCAGCAUGUCGAGCCCACAACCGGGGUUGUGCUUCGGCGUCCAAAGAACAACAACCUACAUGGCAAGCGCCGCUCGUCGAUGGAUCGCUGGACAAUGAUGGACAUUGCUGAGCAGGCCAGACCAGGUCCAGUCCGCGCUCUGCCCGCUCACAUCGAAACCAUUCCCGAUGAAAGCGAGGAGGAGUCUGAGGCAAGCAUGCCUCGGCCGGCCCCGCCACGACCCAUGGGCGUCAAGGUGCUCCCCACGCAAGCCAUGCCCCGUGCCCAUGCGCCGGUCGAGCCGCCAUCCACUCAGGCGGCAGCACGGGUGCAAGAGCUAAUGCAGGACAUUCAUCAGCGACUGCCGGAUAAGGUGCGCCCUUUUGGCUUGGCGAUCCGAGAUUAUCGGCAAAAUCGCGACGUCAAAAUGUUGGCGGACACGUUGUUGGCCAUCUUCCCGGCGCAACAUCGGCACUUGAUCCACAAGCUGGAAAGCAUGCUUCCUCCGGAGCACCGGCAGUGGUUCAAUCGCAUGGUGAAACGCGCCGAGGAAGAGGAUUCAGAGUAA